GGACGGAAUACUUUCUAGAGAAAACGUAAACACAGUAUACCCAAUCAGAAAGCAUCCGAAAAUUCCCUCCCGCUUUCUAUUCCUUUCCCUCUUUCUGCCCAAACCCUAACCCUAGAAUUCUGAAAACUCUCUGCAAUUUCCAUGGCUGGAGACGAACAAGAUGUUCGUAAAAAACACCGUAGAUCUUCUGAAGAUGGAUUAGAAGAAGAUUCGAAGCGAAGGAAACACAGUCACCGUAAGAGUAGCCAUCGCCACCACCACCGUCAUCAUCGACAUCGUAGUAGUAAACAUGACAUUGAUAAAGAAGAUGUCGAGUAUCUUGUAUCUCAAAAUCUUCCUGUUGUUGAUGAUAAAGAGGAAGGUGAAAUUCUAGACGAGGAAGCUGAGGAAGGUGUUUUUGAUGGGAAGAAAAAAUUGGAUUCUGAUGUUGAAUCUGGUGAAAUUGAUCCUCAGGAACGUGUUGAGAAACUUGAUGAUCGACAUCUGGGGACCAGUGACGCACACAAACUUUCUGAUGAAAAGGCAAAGGAAAUUAGGCGUAAUUGCAAUGGGUUUUUGGAGCAUGGUGAAUCAGCAAUUGACAGGCACAAAACUGAUGGGAGUGUGGGAAAGAGUGUGGAUGAUGAAAUUGAUACUCAACAGGAUUCAAGGAUUGUAAUAGUUGAGCACAGGGAGAAAAAAGUGAAAAGGCGAAGCGAUGACUCGUUUUCCAGAUAUGGGUCCCCAGAUCGUGUCAAUGGUUAUAAAGAAGACACAUCCAAUGCUGGUGAUAAGAAGAGCCAUAGAGGAUCAAGGUCUGCAAAAAAUGGUUCCACAAAGGACAGGCAUGCUGAAUCAGAUGUUAGGAAAAGUCGUGGAAGGUCGAGAUCUCCCGUCACUAGAGAAGAAGCUGACUCAAGAAAAUACAGGAAAGUAGAUGAUAACUAUAUUAGUACUGAACAUGUUAGGGAUUCUGAAGACGAUAACUCAUUGACUUUGAAGAGACAUUCAGAUUCAGUUGAUGGUGAAAGAAAUGGUUUAGAGAGUGUGGAAAAGUCUGUUUCUCCCGGAAGCAACAAGUACAAAUCUGUUGUACACUCUCCAUCUUAUGAUAAUUACCAUGACGAGGCCCAUGUCAGGAGCAGAUCGGUGUCCCAUGAUCAUUUUGAAGAUACCAGUGGCCGAGUUAAGCUGCGUGAUUCACCAGAGAAGGCUAAAGAUGAAUCUGACCAUGAAAGAGUAGGUAGACAUGGUAGAGAGGACAGGCCUAGGAAUAGAGAACGGAGUAGUAGUUAUUCUAGACACAGUGGACGGGAGAAGAGGCAUGGCAGCGGAGACAUCCAAGAGAAGGAUAGAAAUAGUAGCCAAGACGUACGCGAGAAGGAUAGACAUGGUAGACGAGACAUGCGCGAGAAGGAUAGACAUGGUAGCAGAGACAUCCGCGAAAAGGAUAGACAUGGUAGCCGAGACAUCCGCGAAAAGGAUAGACAUGGUAGCCGAGACAUCCGUGACAGGGAAAGGCAUGGCAGUAGGGAAACUCGAGAGAGGGACAGAGGGAGGGAGAGGGAGAGGUAUGACAGUCAGGUGGCUCGUGAUAGGGACAGAAGUAGGGACAGAGGAAGAGAGUGGGAAGGACAAAGGCUGAGAGAUACAGAGAGGGGUAAAGAUAUUGAUAAAGACAAGGACAGGGGCAGGGAUAGGAACAGGGAAAUAGAAAGUAGUAGAGAUGGUUAUAAGGAUAUUAGGCGUACAAGACAUGACGAAUCAGAAGAUCACCAUGAAAGAACAAGAUUAAAAGGUUCUGAGGUCGGUGAAGAGAAUCUACAAAGGGAUUCAGAGAAGCAAGAAAAUGAUGAGGAAAUUGAACUGAAACUUCCUGAGCAAGAAGAGGAAGACAUUGCCAGAAUUAAGGAGGAAAGCAGAAAAAGAAGGCAAGCGAUUUUGGAAAAAUAUAAAAAACAGCAGUUACAACAGGUUCAGCCUCAAUCUGAAGUCCCAGAAAAAGAGCCAAAGGCUUCUCUUCAUACAGACAAGCUUCCAGAACAGUCUUCUCUACCUGCAAAAAACCUUCCAGAACAGUCUUCUCUGACGAAGACGGCCAUUAGUCUUGUUCUUAAACUUCCGAGGAGUACGAAUGAUGGCUCAGAUGCUGAUGGUGCUGACCCAAUAUUUUCAGUAGGAAAAUCGCCUGCACAGAAUGGAACAUUAGUUUCUGAGAAGACUCAAGGUGCUGGGGGACUGGGUGAUGGCACUCCGAAGAGUGAGAGAUCAACAGACAUGUUCAGUGAUGACAUUUUUGGAGAAUCGCCUGCUGGGGGUCGUAAAAUGGGGAAAGGAGAUGGUUUGCAAGUGGAAAGAAGUGGCCUUAAUGAUAAUUGGGAUGAUGCGGAGGGAUAUUACAGUUAUCGAUUUGGGGAAAUACUCGAUAGCAGAUACGAGGUCAUCGCUGCUCAUGGCAAGGGUGUUUUCUCCACUGUUGUUCGCGCGAAAGAUCUGAAGGCUGGGAAGGAUGAUCCUGAAGAAGUUGCCAUAAAGAUUAUACGUAAUAAUGACACUAUGUACAAGGCUGGUCAAGAAGAAUUGAUUAUACUGAAGAAGCUAGCUGGAGCAGAUCCAGAGGACAGACGGCACUGUGUCCGAUUUCUCUCAAGUUUCAAGUUUAGGAGUCAUCUUUGUCUAGUUUUCGAAUCACUCCAUAUGAAUCUUCGUGAGGUUUUAAAGAAGUUUGGUCGUAAUAUUGGCCUUAAGCUGACUGCUGUGAGGGCUUACGCCAAACAGUUAUUUAUCGCGCUGAAGCAUCUAAGAAAUUGUGGCGUUCUUCAUAGUGAUAUAAAGCCAGACAAUAUGCUGGUUAACGAGGCUAAGAAUGUACUAAAACUUUGUGAUUUCGGUAAUGCUAUGUUUGCUGGGAAGAAUGAAAUCACACCAUAUCUAGUCAGCCGUUUCUACCGUGCCCCUGAAAUAAUUCUUGGUUUGUCUUAUGAUCAUCCCAUGGAUAUCUGGUCAGUUGGGUGCUGUUUGUAUGAGCUUUACUCUGGGAAGGUCCUUUUUCCUGGGCCAUCAAACAAUGACAUGCUUCGGCUCCACAUGGAAUUGAAGGGACCUUUUCCAAAAAAGAUGCUUCGAAAGGGAGCUUUCACCGAUCAACAUUUCGAUCAGGAUUUGAAUUUCCAUGCCACAGAAGAGGAUCCUGUUACGAAAAAGGCAAUAAAGAGGCUACUUGUUAACAUUAGGCCAAAGGAUAUGGGCACAGUUAUUACAGGGUCGCCUGGUGAGGAUACGAAGAUGUUAGCCAAUUUCAGGGAUUUACUGGAGAGAAUAUUUGUAUUGGAUCCAGACAAGAGGAUGACGGUAGCUCAAGCAUUGGCUCAUCCCUUUAUCUCGGGCAAGUGACAAAGACAGCUGGUUUUCUGACUCCAGACUGCUGUCGAGUUACAUACAUGUACAUUAUCAUCUUGAUUUUAUAUUUAGUUCUCUAAUCAAUGGGAAUUUAUUUGUCUUUGUCUUUGCUGCUCUGGCUCAAUCACUGGACAUGUUAUUGCCGUGGAAUAAGAGCGAGAAAGAUGAUCUGGAGACCUUCUCCUCGGCGGUUCUUUCAGUGGGGGGUGUUCUGUUUCUAUUGUAAGACAACUCGCCGAAGGCGAUUUUAUCUCUUGUAACAUUCUAGGUGAUGGCCUUUAUGUAGAUUUGCAGUUUUCUUGUUUUAUUUACUGUUUUUUCUUCUCUUUUCGUUUGGGGUUUAUUUACUUCAGUUUGAACUUGAGCUCCUGCAAGUUAUGCAGGUGUUAAUGCAUUAGAAAAUCCGUAAUUUGGCAUUCAGUGAUGCUGGAUAUAUAUGACAUCUUAGACAAUUGGUUCAAUAUUUUUUGCUUUACUGGGA